AGCAGAUUUCUCUACAGUUCACCAACAAUGGCGACUCCGAUUCACGUAAUGACCAAAUCCAUUCGCAGCAUCCUAACGCUGAUAACGCUCGUGACGCUCAAUGCCAACGCCCAAUACGAAAGCCAGUUCAUGAACCCGCAGAACGCAGCCAGGACCCAUCUGAGGCUAAACCCACUCGCGUGGGACAAACGUUUGGAGCGUUACGCAAUGUGGUGGGCUAACCAGCGGCGAAAAGACUGCGCCUUGAUCCAUUCCAACGGUCCGUACGGAGAGAAUCUCUUCUGGGGUUCGGGCAAGAACUGGUCUCCCGUUCAGGCAGCGAACGGGUGGUUGUCGGAAGCGAGGAACUAUAACUAUAACGAUAACGCGUGUAACGGGGGUGAACGGAUGUGCGGUCACUACACGCAGAUAAUGUGGAGGGAGACGCGGCGGAUAGGAUGCGCACGUGUUCUCUGUGACGGCGGACUAGGCGUUUUCAUCAUCUGUAACUAUGAUCCUCCCGGUAACUUCCUCGGUCGGAGGCCUUACUGAAUAAUUUUUUUUUGAAGACUUUUUU